CUCCCAUAAUCUUAUAUCCAAAAUCACACCAAAAAAGUAAAAAACCCAGCACAAGCUCUCUGCGACUCUUCAGUUGCAAAUCCAUUUUUUGCUCUCCACUUUCUCUUGUCCUACCGACGCAUGGUAAUUCCCAGGCAAGUUCAUCCAGACGCACAGAACAUAGGCAUUGUUUCAAUGUCCUUCAGCUCUCUUUCUGCCCGAACAGUCAAGGACAGGAAACCUUUGCUUUCCGCCCAUAUCACCGCAAGCUCCUCCAUUUCUGAACUCGUUGAUUUUCUGACAUCAUCGUUUCUACCAAGGGACUUCGACCUGGGAAAGAAGAUACUCAGCGACCGGGAAAAUGCCCUCAAGAGUGAGUUGGAGAGCUUGAAGAGCGCCACCGAGUCUGCUAUGAAGGAGCGGGACUUGGAAAUUUUGAGCAUAAGGGGCGAAUUGGAGAAAUACAAACGAGAAAAUGAAGAUCUGACUGAGAAAAAUAUUAAGCUCAAACGCACAAUUGAAGAAUUAGAUGCCAAUAAAAAGGAGUAUGUUGAGAAAUAUGCCGAGCUGGACGCGAAGGUAAAUCGUAUGAAGGAGGACAUGACUACAAAAAUGGGCCGGGACAUCCCUACACUAACAAGCAUCGAAGAGUAUCUCGAUGGUGAGCUCCCAACUGAGGAGGAAGGGCUUAAUUUUGGUACCCAAAAGCUGGAACCUAAUGUUGCCAGAGUUAGCCCCAAAAAAGAAGAGUCACAUGUAGUUGUUCUCAGUGACAGUGAAGACGAGUUGCCUAUGGACAAUCCUUCCAAUUGUAGAAAGAAGAUGAAGUAUGAUGAAGAAGCAAUGCAUGAAGCAAAAUUGGUGGCACCUGUAUUUGGCAGCCCAAAAAAACCCAAAGCAUCUAAAGGAAGCAGAAAAUGCCUCUCAGAAUCUGAGAUGUGCUUGGCAUUUGCAGAUGAUGGCGAACUUUGCAUGAGUGCCAUCUGUGCACUAUAUAGGAAGCUCCUCUCGGCACCUCUGACGUUGGAGGCCAUGGAUAAAGGAUUUGAGCCUAAUGAUCAAAUUGGGGCUAUUCAAAGGAUCAUCAAUAAUAUUCAGAUCAUAGUCACAUGGUUCGCGGUACGGUUUGAUACGGGAACAAGGAACGGGGACACGGUUCACUAGAUCUAGCGUAUCCGAUUCGGAGGGGGGUUGAAUUGGCCAAGUAUCUCAUUGAUGGGAAUCCAGAGAACAAACUUAACAGGUCUAUGUUGGAAGCCUCUCCUGUGGCUAUUGCACAAUCUAAAAGAUUAGCUCUUCAGUACAGUGAGCAACUUUUUCGAAUUUACUCCAGUGGUGAGGAUCGAUUGUUCUGUCACAAUUCCAUACACCCCAGGCUGUAGUGUGCUCUGAAAGAAUGAAGAUUGUACAUAUGCAAGCUGCUCUUCAUGUUAAAAAUGGUGUUUAUGAUUAAUGUCAUUUUGUCCAGUAGCAAGAUGCAAAUAGCUUUUUUGUUGUUGCCAGCAUUUCAUAUGCAUGGUUGCUGUCAUUUUUUGCUAGAAAUUGGAAUGGUAGGAUAUCUAAGUCUCUAAUCUUAUUUCUAACCUAUGGUUCUUGUUAAAGUCUAUGUUGUUUUGCUGAAAUGUGAAAAUGCUGCCAUGUACAUGGAAAGCUUUAAAAACACUUACCAUGGUUGUUUUUUCGCACAACUCUCUGCUUUGGAUGCUUUUGUUUAUGUUCAACUCUAGCGCUUUUUCCAAU